GACGAGUAUAUCUCUAGCUGUCGGCGGCCUUUUCGCAGCAAGAACUCAAUGGCGGCAAAAUCUCUCUUGUCGACCUUGAUGUUUUUGUCGAACUCACUUCUGUUUUCACUUCUACGGUUACCACAGCUCACUGGUUGAUGGUCGCUGAACAAGUCGAUGAGAUACACUAACAGAAAGCGGUGCUUACCUGGCAAACACUUGGAAAUGCUGCCGGGUUGCCUGGGGCUUCUUUCGGCAUUCUCGAAGACAUUGCCGAUACAGGCCGAGAACCUCCUUUUGAAGGCCUGACAGACGCAUUUGGCUUCGCCGCUGCCAGUGGCAUGGGGUUAGGGGCCGGCUGAUGAAAUUGAUUGCGCGAUGAACCUCAUCGAUCCAGGUCGUGAUGCGGAUCGUGAUGGACCCGCGAUGAAAACCUCGGCACAGCCCAGUCCCACACCCCACAAUGUGCUGGGGCAGGCUCCAGGGCUCCACCAAGUGGCACCAUCAUCACGGGCUCAGCUACAACACCAUCGCCAAAUCCCUUUGAAAGUUGCAGAAUUGACAACUGUUUACAUAGCUUCUAACCAGUCACUCUCGGGUAGCACUCUCUACUCUCAGUUGCUGGUGUAGUCUGAAUUGCGCUGAUACACCAGUGUAAUGCUACUGUACAUACCGUACCGCCUGUAUGUACGGUACAAUACCUCCGUGCAUUAUAUAGUACACAGUGUGUGUGGAUCUUACCGCUCUACGGAUACAAAGGUAGUAAUUAGCGCGCGCUCGGAGGGCUUAUGGUGACGCACAGACAACGUUGACCAAGGUGCCUGAGCUGCUGAACGGAAGAAACCGACUGAAGGGAGACGAUAAGAGAAGAGUUCCAUUCACAUAUAUCUUAGGUAUUAUUUGCC